UCUAAAAAAAUAUUUGCUGUCAAAUGUCAAACAACAGAAGUCUUCUAUUGCCUGUGUGAUUGUGUAAUAAAAAAUAAUGAAUGCUCUAAGGAGGAAUACGUUAAGAGCUUUCACUAGAUUUUAUAGUGAAGGUGCUCAGAGCACACCGCCACCUGCUCCACCGUCGCCACCUGCUAGUAAAGGAGUACCUGACGUUCCUGGACUGAGCAGCAAUGUAAUCCAACCAGCAGCUGCACCUUUGGGUCCCGGAGUAGAUCCCAAAAAGACCGGAGCGUACAAAGUACCUGAAUAUUUUCAGUACGAUAACAUGAGUUUCUUCGAAGCUGAAAUUGAAAUGUCCAAGUUUAGAUGCCCACAACCAUCUGCCCUCAAGAAGUAAAUUAUUGUUUAUGAUAUUUUUGUUUUAGACCAUUUAAUAAAUUGUUAGACAUUU